AACCCAAGCGCAGGUCAGGUCGUGUAGCAGCGGCUCCGCCUCCCCCUCCCUUCCCUUCCCGCUAACAAGAACUUCCUCCUUCCUUCCGUAUCUCCGAAGCAAGCAAGGAAUCAACCAAUUAAUCGAACGGCAAUCCAAUCCAACCCAUAUUGAUGAUAUAACGCACGGCCUCCUGUCUGCCUGGAUCUUUUCCUUUCAGUUCAGACUUCAGACGACCUUCUCUCCUUUGCUCGGAGGGUUAGAUUAGAUUAGAUGGUUGUCGCUGCUGCCCUGCUCGGCUCGUGCCCUUCUCUUCCUUCCUUCUUCACUCGGAACGAAUGUCGUUCCCAUGGCGGGCGGGCCGGCCUUGUUCGAUCCAGAAAAGCGAAUUAGGUGAGUGAGUGUCAUCUGUCCUGUCCUGUCCUGUGCACAGCUUUGACGGUAAACUUUGUUGGCUAAGAGAGAGCCCCUCUCUCGCCUCCUUCCUCUCUUUCUUCCCUCCCCCAGAACCCUAACGAAACUUCCAACCAGAAUUUCAUAUCCUUUCUUUCAAUCAUGAAACGAUUUUGGAGACUCUCGCAAUUCCCUAAAUCCCCAAACCUUAACUCACCUUCUCUCGCUCCCGCAAAACCACCCUCUGGCUCUGCCUCCCGAUACUCUCAAGCUAUUCGCCACCAUUCAACCCACCAUUCUCCGGAUUCCGACCCCAAUGCCACCCCCCUGCUGUCUUCCCAUAUCAUUGCUCUUUUUACCAAUACACGGACUUCCGAGACGCAGCAUCUCAACGAAGAUUUGAUCGAUGAAGUUUCCAAGCUCAAGGACCAGAUUUUGGACCAAAAUGAUGAUGUGGACAAACUUGACAAGAUUCUCCAAGAGAAGGCAUCCCCACUUUUUAGGAUGUAUUCAGAUGGAUCUGCUGCGGUGGAGCUCCUGAAGCAGCUCAAGCCAUUCCCGCGUUUAGCCUUGGAGGUUCUCGACUGGAGGAGGAAGCAAUUGGACUCCGCGGCCCCGGUGGUUGGGGAAGAGUAUGCAAAGGGUAUCACCAUAGCUGGCAGAUUGAAGGAUGUUCAUCUCGCACUCGAGCUCUUUAAAGAGGCAACAAAUAGACAACUAAAUGAAACAUCUUUAUACAAUUCCCUCAUGAGUGCUUACACUUACAACGGUAUGCCUGCCAAGUGUGAGUCAUUCUUCCACAAGUUGAAAACGGAAACCACAUGCUCUCCAUCAAUCGUGACAUACAACAUACUUAUUUCAAUGUACGGGCGCAUGAUGCUUACCGAUCACAUGGAAGAAGUUCUCAGAGAGAUAAAGGACUCAAAUCUUACCCCAACACUUAACACAUACAGGGGUUUGAUUGCUGGUUAUAUCACUGCAUGGAUGUGGGACAAGAUGGAAAAGACUUACCUGGUUAUGAAAGCAGGUCCAAUACAACCCGAUGUGCAGAUUCAUCUACUGAUGAUUCGAGGGUAUGCAAACUCUGGUCAGCUGGAAAAGAUGGAAGAAAUCUAUGAGUUGAUAAGGGAGCAUGUUGAUCGGGGGGAAACUUCAUUGGUUAGAAGCAUGAUAUUUGCAUACAUUAAAAGUUGUGGUACAGGUAGGGUUGAGAAGGUUGAGGAACUGCUCUCACUGAUCCCGGAAGGGGAGUAUUGGCCCGGCUUAAAUGUAAUGCUGAUUUGUUUUUAUGCUAAAGAGAAUUUAUUAGAGCGAAUGGAGAAAUCAAUCAACGAGGCAUUUGAGCGUAAAGCAUUUGUCUCUACGGUGAGCAUAAUGAAAUGCAUAAUAGCGAGUUAUUUCAGGCACAAUGCAGUGGACAAGCUUGUGGACUUUGUGCAGCGUGCGGACAGUGCAGGUUGGAAAAUAUGCCGGUCGAUGUACCAUUGCAAGAUGGUUAUGUAUUCAUCACAGAUGCGCAUUCCAGAAAUGGAGAGGGUUCUUGAUGAAAUGGGUAGAGUAAACAUGCCCCUGUCAAGGAAAACUUUGUGGAUAUUGUUUAAGGCAUAUCAAAAGUGGGGUAGAAAAAGUAAGCUCGAUCAGGUUGUUGGAAUGAUGUGCAAGCACGGGAUUCAAAUUGGGGGGAUUCAAUUUUUGGAAGUGCUUCCUUGAAUAAAUUUUUUGAUUAUAACUAUUUCCACAGUAAUGAGCUUUGAUAUGAUAUGUGUAUCUAGCUCUAUCUGUCUCACCACACCACAGUUGCAUCGAAUCAAAGGUAAUCAAUCCUUCCUGUUAUCUUUUCUACGAUCAACUCUUACCAUGAUUGCAGCAGAGUCAUAACAUGUCAGCUAGGAAAAUUUGGCCAAAGAGAGUAUGAUCUUAUUGGGGGGGGGGGGGGGGGGGGGUGGGGGGUGAAGCGGUGUGUGAUGCCUGCAAUUGCACUAAACCUUGAUGCCCCCAGCCCAGCGCAAUCAAAGGAGGGGUUGGGUUAUACGAUAGAAAGGUAAUGUUGAGAAGUCAUUGAAGAAAUGCUGUGGAGUGGAGGGAUGUUAUAUAUAUAUAUCAUGACGCAGGCAGGCAGGGAAGGGAAGGGAAGGGAUGCGCGGAGUCAUAGUCGUAUGUUGGAACUGAUGGUGUUGCUGCAGAUGCAGAGGGAGGUCAUCAGAUUGUUUCUGUUGGUCACUUUCCAUCUAUUUCUUCCCUGCAUCGUAAAAUUUGGUGGAUGGACCCUGGGAGUAUUUGAUAUCAUUGAAAAAUAAGAUUCAUUUGCUUAAUGUGGUCUGCAUUUUUAUUUUUAUUUUUACAGUAAAAAUAUAAUGAAAAAAAAUGAUAAAAAGUAGUAGUA